AGAAAGAGAGAGAGAGAGGGGAAGGGAAAGUUUGCCAAAUGGAUUUCUUAGCCGGAAUCAGACCUUUAUUAUUUUCAUAUGUACUAAUUAACGGCAUACUAAUUACCUUACAGACUAAAGAAGAGGUGCUCUUGGAUAUGAAGGCAACAGGAGGUGAACUGGGCUGGCUUACAUGGCCCGUGGACCAGGGAGAAAAGUCUGGGUGGGAAGUCACCCAGAGGACCCUGAAUGGCUCUCAGUUCUAUACCUACUCCGUCUGCAAUGUUGGGGAACGUGAGCAGGACAACUGGCUCCGCACCACCUUCAUCCAGCGGCGUCCGUCAGCUUCACGGGUUUUUGUUGAAUUACAGUUCAUCGUACGUGAUUGCAACUCUUUCGAUGCCACCUCGCUGACCUGCAAGGAAACAUUCAACCUCUUCACGUCUGAGGCGGACGCAGAUGUGGGCACGACCUUCCGCAAGGGCCAGUUUAAGAAAGUGGCCACCAUAGCGCCUGACGAGAUAACUGGCAAGAACGACCUGCGCAUCAACACAGAGACACGAGUGGUGGAAAACUUGUCUCGAAAAGGCUUCUACUUGGCUUUUCAAGACAUCGGGGCCUGCGUCGCCCUUCUCUCCACCCGGGUCUACUAUAAAACUUGCCCAGCCACAGUGAAGAGCCUCGCGUCCUUCCCUGAAACGGUGGCCGGAGGUGAGAACCAGGCACUGAGGGAAGUGAGCGGAGCGUGCGUGGAUAACGCCAUCAGCGAGGAGCUGCCUCGCAUCUACUGCACUGUGGAUGGGGAGUGGGUGGUUCCAGUUGGACAGUGCCAGUGCAAACCAGGCUAUGAAGAAGUCAAAGAUACGUGUCAAGCAUGUCAGGCUGGCUUCUUCAAAGCCGAAGCAUCCAAUGACAAGUGUGAGCCAUGUCCGGCCAACACCCAGAAGCUGGACUCUAGGGCUUUGGUUUGCCCCUGCAUGGAUGGCUUCUACCGGGCCCCAACUGACCCCCCUUCUGGACCCUGUUCAGGCCUCCCCUCUGCCCCACGAGACCUCACCGCCACCACCACCCAGCUCUCUGCAGGGAAACUCCUCCUCUCCUGGAACCCGCCUGAAGACACCGGAGGUCGAACCGACAUCACCUACAGCAUUGAGUGCCAGCGCUGUGAAGGCAUCGUGUGCCAGUCCUGCGGAGAGAAAAUCCGCUACGAGCCGGCCAACACCGGCCUCACCGACACCAAGGUUUCAGUGAGCGAGUUGGAUGCUCACCUCAACUACACCUUCUCCGUGGAGGCACAUAGCGGUGUAUCGGUGUUUGCUGUUGAGGCAGCGCCGCGGGCUCCUAGACCACCAUCCACGAGCGCUCUGACUACAUCUCUGCACUACACAGACCCCCCCAAGAUUACCACCAUGCGAGUGGUUGACAGGACCUCCACCAGCUUGGCCCUUUCCUGGGAUGUAUCCCCCCGACGGAUCCAACCGCGCCCCAUCCGCUAUGAACUCACCUACCGCAAGAAGGAUGAUAACCUGGAUGUGACUACAUAUACCGUGCUCAUACUGGAGAAGAACUCUGUGCAGAUCAACGAACUGGCUCAGGGCACUGCCUACCUGUUCAGGGUGCAAGCUCUCACCAGCGACGGCAGCCCUGGAGGCUCCAGCAUAGAGGAACAAUUUGAGACCCUGCCUGAAGGGCGCCUUACUCAAAACAACACAGCGGUCAUCUUCGGCGCAGCAGUCGGAGGAGCGGCCAUGUUGUUCAUAGUGGUGGUGGUCCUGUUCCUACGCAGACGGAAGAGAAACUCUCACUCCAGACAAGGACCAGAGGACACCUACUUCUCCAGCUCAGAGCAAUUGAAGCCUCUGAAGACCUACGUGGAUCCACACACAUACGAGGACCCCAACAUAGCUGUCUUGAAGUUUGCCACUGAAAUCCACCCCAGCCACAUAACCAAACAGAAAGUCAUUGGGGCUGGCGAGUUCGGUGAGGUGUACCGCGGCAUUCUGAAGGUGCCGGCAAGGAAAGAGGUGGCAGUGGCUAUCAAGACGCUGAAGCCUGGCUACACGGAGAAGCAGAGGCAGGACUUUUUGAGCGAGGCCUCCAUCAUGGGCCAGUUCUCCCACCAGAACAUCAUCCGUUUAGAGGGCGUGGUCACCAAAUGUAAGGAUUUCUUCAAACAUGCCAUGAUCGUGACUGAAUACAUGGAGAACGGAGCACUGGACAGGUACCUUAGGGACCAUGAUGGUGAGUUCCCAUCCUUCCAGCUGGUGGGCAUGCUGCACGGCAUCGCUGCAGGCAUGAAGUACCUCUCCGACAUGAGCUACGUCCACCGAGACCUGGCUGCCCGCAACAUUCUCGUCAACAACACCCUGGAGUGCAAAGUGUCAGACUUCGGCCUGUCCAGGGUGCUCGAGGACGAUCCUGAGGGGACGUACACCACAAGUGGAGGUAAGAUCCCCAUUCGCUGGACAGCUCCAGAGGCAAUAGCAUACCGGAAGUUCACCUCAGCUAGUGAUGUGUGGAGUUUUGGCAUCGUCAUGUGGGAGGUCAUGGCCUUUGGAGAGAGGCCUUACUGGGACAUGAGUAACCAUGAGGUGAUGAAGGCUAUCAACGAGGCUUUCAGGCUGCCAGCGCCGAUGGACUGUCCCUCAACUGUUUAUCAGCUGAUGCUGCAGUGUUGGCUUCAGGAUCGCUCCAAGAGGCCACGCUUUGGAGACAUCGUCAACCUGCUGGACAAGCUGCUGCGGAGUCCGGACUCCCUGAAGACCAUCGCAGACUUUGACCCACGUGUGUCCAUCCGCCUGCCCAGCACCAGCGGCUCAGACGGUUCACCCUUCAGGUCGGUGUCAGAGUGGCUGGAGUCCAUCAAGAUGAGUCAGUACAGUGAGAACUUCACCUGUGCUGGGGUUGUCACCAUGGACCAAGUCCUGCAGAUGAAGAAUGAGGAUAUUAAGAACAUUGGGGUGAGGCUGCCCGGACAUUUGAAAAGAAUCGCCUACAGCAUCUUGGGAUUAAAGGACCAGACGAGCACCCUGAGCGUCUUUGCUGUGUGAUCCUAUCAAACGAAGGGAAUUCAAUUCAGGCACUGAAGCAGGCAGCCAUUUGAACUCUAAGCGGAGCUGGAGCGAAACUGCCUUGGAUCGGCAGGACCAAGAGAACCAAUCCCAUUUGGGGCCGACUGAGACUGACUUAGUGUACAUUUUUAAUUUCUUCAUCUUAUCCGCACGGGAAUCGAGCAAAUAUACAACAAUAGAUGUAUCAAGUAGACUGUAUAUUUAGAUAUCUAUUUUUAUUAUCCACGUCUUCUGUACAGUUACAAUUCAUUGCUCAUGCUUUUUUUUUUUUCCUUCAUUUUCGCAUUCCUGCUUCAAAACAAAAUCAACAAUCAAGCCAAUUCUGGAAAAAAGGCCUUUAAAUUGCACCCUGAGCUUGUUGCAUGUAUAUCAAACAAACAAGGGAAGCACAGUGAGUGUGAUAGUGUGGGAGCAGUGGAGCCCAGCCCUGGCUCAGGUUGCGGUUGGCGCUGAUGUCACGGCGUCUCCCUGUAAUUGGCACUUUGGCCCGUGGACAGAGCGACGCGAGGGCUGGAUUGAGCGCGAGCUGGCCCAAAGUUAAAGAGACGCCGUUUGCUUGGGUGUAUAAACACAGAUGGAUCCUUUUUUCUGUGCAGAAAUUAAGCUAUGGUCAUAUACGUGAUGUUAUAUGAAAAAGAGAGGAUAUAUAUGGUACUCUUUGUGUACAGAUUACCAAAAACAAUGGGAAAACAAUUUAUAAUGUAGCACUUCGAUUAAGAAUCUCAUUGUCUUGGUUUUAUUUUUAUUUUUAUUUUUUUAUUUUUUUAAUUGCAAGAAAAGGGCAAUUACACACAAAAUCCUGAACAAAAAGAUAUGUGAGAAGUUGUGUGAAUGAAAAAAGAAAGCAAUCCAUCUGUUUGUAGCGUGCCGGUAAUGAAGAGGGAGGGUGAAGUUUGCCAAAAAAUGCAAAUGCCCUGAAAACAACAAAAAAAAAAGAUUAAUGAUGAGUCUUGUUGUGGUUGAAAUGAUUUCAUACUUAAUAAUAGUUUGGUUUGCAAUUUCAAUGUUUCAUUUAGUUUGUAGAAGCUUUUCAUUCAGACUUUUGUGUAACAGGAUGAAACUAUAUGCUUUGAUGAUUAAGUGCCCGGCUCGUUGCAGACAUUCAAAGAUAUUUUUAAAAGUGCCUGUUUGUGGAACAUUAGCGAGAGUUUGCUUCUGUGUGUUUUAAUGAAGCAGCUCUGCGGUGUAGUGGGAAGUGUAUAGUGGACAGUUUCCCCCCCAGUGCUAUUAAUUAAUGACUGCAAAUUAUUGUGUUACUGAUGUACACCUUCCUUUACUUGAAUUUUUACUGUAUUUUCAAAUGUAUCCAUGAUUCUAUUGUAGCUCAUAGAUCCAUCUUUGGAAAAGGGAUUUUUUUGUUUUUAUUUGUUAUUACUCUGGUUUACUGGUUUUGCAAUUACAUUUUGUACAUUUUGUAUGAUUUCACUAUUUUCCAUAUUACCAAACUGAUUCUUUUUUCCAUCACUUUCCAAAGCAAUGUCUUCUACCUUUUGCUGCCUUUCCAAACAUUUUGAGAGCCCCUUCAUCAAAAGAAAGAAACAAAAAAAACUCCUUCCUUUUCGCCUGUUGUUUUAUACUGUAUUUAAUAGCCUAUUUAUUUUUUACUUUUAUUUAUUUAUGCUGAUAAACACUGAGCUGGGAUUAUAAUUGAAGGUUGUGCUCUCAUUCUCAAUAAAACAACAAAAAAAACCUCUAA